AAGACUUAAAGCUUAGGGAGAGAGAGAGUACAGAAAACAGAACCAGAGGAAAGAGCCCAACCUGAAGAUCACGAAUGUCGAGCUUCCAAAUUUCUGCAACCCUAGCUUUCCUCUUCUUUGCCUUAUCGGUUUUCGCAGACGACGUCGUUGUUCUCACUGAGGAUAACUUCGAGAAGGAGGUCGGCCAAGAUCGCGGUGCCCUUGUCGAAUUCUACGCUCCCUGGUGUGGGCAUUGUAAAAAGCUUGCUCCAGAAUAUGAGAGGCUUGGUACAAGUUUCAAGAAGGCAAAAUCUGUUUUAGUUGGAAAGGUUGAUUGUGAUGCACACAAAAGCCUCUGCAGCAAAUAUGGUGUUUCUGGAUACCCCACAAUCAAAUGGUUUCCUAAAGGGUCAUUGGAACCCAAAAAAUAUGAAGGUGGACGUACUGCAGAAGACCUUGCUGAGUUCAUAAAUUCUGAAGGAGGAACCAAUGUCAAGAUAGCUGCGGUUCCUUCCAGUGUUGUGGUAUUAACACCAGAUAAUUUUGAUCGGAUCGUCCUGGAUGAAUCAAAAGAUGUUUUGGUUGAGUUUUAUGCACCAUGGUGUGGCCAUUGCAAACAGCUUGCUCCAACUUAUGAAAAGGUUGCAACAGCAUUUAAAUUGGAAGAAGAUGUAGUUAUUGCUGACCUUGAUGCUGACAAAUACAAAGAUUUGGCAGAAAAGUAUGGAGUAAGUGGUUUUCCUACGCUUAAAUUCUUCCCAAAGAGCAACAAAGGCGGUGAAGAUUAUGGUGGUGGGCGAGAUUUAGAUGACUUUGUAACAUUCAUCAAUGAGAAAUGUGGGACUAGUCGUGAUGAGAAAGGGGGACUUACUUCAAAAGCUGGUAUAGUAGCUACUUUGGAGAACUUGGUUAAAGAUUUCAUCGGUGCUGGCAAUGAUGAGAAGAAACAAAUUGUUAGCCGUAUGGAAGAAGAAGUUGAGAAGCUUAAGGGUGCCACUGCAAGACAUGGAAAGAUCUACUUGAAAACUGCCAAGAACUUUGUGGAGAAAGGUGCAGACUACCCGAAGAAAGAAAUUCAGCGGCUGGAGCGUAUGCUUGAAAAGUCAAUCAGUGAAGUAAAGGCAGAUGAAUUCACUCUCAAGAAGAACAUAUUGUUGACCUUUGUCUGAUGAGUGGUAGAGCCGCAAGUGAAGUCACAUCCGCAUUUUGCUUGAAUGUAUUGGCAACUUUUUUUUUUUUACUGGGGACUUGUAGUUUUGGUCUGGGAAAACGCUGUAGCUGUGGAUGUCCAAUUCACUGGUCAGGUUUUGGCAAAUGAAGUUGUAAUUGAAGAAGAGAAGAAAAAUGGUAAAGUUUUUGUUGCAAUUAGCAAUAAUACUACAUUUCCACUUUGAGAUC